AAGAAGAUUAAUGCUCCGAAAUCUCAACCUCAGCCAUCUUACAUUGAAUUAGAAAUCACUGUGAACGACAAGGUGUCUGAAGGUUUACGGCAGAUGAUGUUGUUACCCACUAUACAUACCGAAUAUCGACAAUUCCUUGUCUUGCAUGAUAAAGAUCCCCCAGGCGUAGAAGAGAAACGGAGGCGCUUUCCUACGCAGCGUAUUAAGGAUCUCGUACGUACUCAAGAGACAGAUGGUACUUUUCUGACAUUUUCGGAGAUCGAACACGUUUCCUUUGAUGCAUUGAUAGUUACUGAUAAGGCCACAUUCGGCGAGUUGGCAACCCAGUCUGUGCAAUCACCGGCCGUUGCAGUCUCGUCAGCUAGGUACAUAACUGCACCCCAUGCCACAGCGGCGAAGACAGAGAAAUGGGUAGAUGAGGGAGGGAUUGGUCUAACAACGGCUGAAGCCGCCCCAGGGGUGGGUGGUGG